CUACCUCCGUAAUGUCUUCCAAUCUCGUGUUCCUUCUUAUAUUUGCAGUUGCCGCUUCGGCGAGCACCGAGUUUCCGCAGGACUUAAUAAUUGCCGUCCACGCCGACAACAAGGGAAUCAUCAAUGAAACGCAAAAGCUAGUGGACACACAAAUUGACGGGCGAAUAGUCGGUGGAUUUGACUCCCAACCUGGUCAAUUUCCCUAUUUAGUGUCUUUUAGAGUAAACAACCAGCACAUUUGCGGAGGUUCUAUAGUUAAUCAGAAUAACAUCCUCACCGCUGCACACUGUGUAGAGGCCGCAGCAUCAAACAUAAAUGAUGCGACUAUUGUAACUGGAACCGUUUUUCUUAAUCAGGGUGGUAACUCCAACAAAGUGAUCUCUAUGUAUUAUUACACGAAUUAUCCUGGUUAUUUAGACUUUGGUGUGGUCAGGGUUUCCGGCUCGAUCGAUUACAACAAUUAUCAACAACCAAUACCGCUUGCCACGAAUAGGCCACCAGGAAAUUCCCGCGCUGUUACAAGCGGAUGGGGUUUGACGUCCACUCCUCCAGGAAGUGUUCCUAAUGGACAGCAAUAUUUGUAUGUCAAUAUCAUUGACACAGAACAGUGCAGGAGUGUAUACAGUGAUAUAACCACGGAGAUCUGUACCUUGAAUGCUGUCAACCAAGGUGUAUGCAGCGGUGACAGCGGCGGUCCACUGGUUUACAAUGGCCAACUUGUUGCUGUCACAUCUCGUGCUGUUCUUUGCGCAAAAGGAUAUCCUGACAUUUUCGGCAGUGUCCCCAACAAUAUGGACAACAUUCUCAGACUAAUUAAUUCAAGUUUCUAGAUAUUCACUGUACAUCCUUUUGUUUAUAUAACGAUUUUAUUUAAUAAUAACAAACUGAAUACAUCCAUAACUGUUUUCCUUUUAAUGAAAUACACGAUACAUCAACUUAUAAUAGGGCACAAGUGUCAUCCUUUACAAAUACUAUUCAAUUUAUCUUCACCGAAUAUUUGACUCGCUAAAGAAAGUGUCCGAAUACUCGAUUAUUGAAAAAUUCUAUAACUAGACCCAAUUCUAUGUAAUAUAAAUAGCUUCGAAAAUUAUUUCACCCAACGAUAAUCAACCCGUUAAUGACUGAAGAGAUAAGAUGCCAUAAACUCUAAUAAUUAUCGCACAUCGUUUGAUGAUAACGUAUUAUCAUUUUACGUAGCCAAAUUGUGUAUCUUGUUCAGUUCGAAACGAAUGAUACAAAUAGACUUAUGAAUUAAAUGAAAUUAUUUGUCUAUGAACGGAUGUGGAAAACGACGAAGAAUGGAACGAUGGUUUUGAACUUCCGAUAGAGCCUUCGAACAUUAUUGAACGUGUUAUAAAUUAGUGUAUCUGAAUUGGGAGCAAAGAGAUCCAUAAAGUUUCGUUUGAGACUCCUUUAACACUAAUAAUAUU